AAAGUUAUGCAAGACAUCUAAUACUUUUCCAGACGCAAAUAAUAAUGGGACUAUCAGUGAAAUUGAGAUGAUACUGAGAUUCUGUGGUUUGGGGGUGGAAACCGAUAGAAGAAUGUCUUUGAUAAGCUUUCCUAUAAAAGCAGAGUGUGCACCGAGAGGCAGAAUCAGUGACAGUGCAAAAGUUAGUGAAGUGAAAAAUCUCUCAGCCUCAAAGGAUUAAUUUGGAAUACCAGUGAAACUUUAAGAAAAGAAAAUGUUUCAGUGAAGUGUCCAGGAAGAUCACAAAAAUGAUCAGUGGUGUAUUAAUUUGUGGAUUCUUUGCUGUUUUGGCUAAAGUGGAAGUUUCUGGUGCUGUGUACGACAGCCAGCCAAAAUUCGUGACAGAGGAUGGAAAUUUGUGCAUAACUUCAGCAAUGGAUCGCAAUAUCACUUUGGAUGUUAAAGGAAGGGGGACUGUCCUCAUUAACAAUCACGAUAUUUUGCAAUUGCUCCUUCAGUCUCCCCCAUCCAGCAGCGGAGGUGGAUCUAUGCCGGGCGUUAUUCCGAAUCGUAUAGCUACUCGUGUUAAUAUUCUUUACAAUGAUGUCAGAGGACCAAGGAGAGGUAUCCUUCGACGACUGGCUCGGCUUGAAAAUGGGACAAGAUCCGGAUAUAUUGGUCAAUCUCGAAUUCGUGAUCUGCGACUUCGAGUUUCGGCACUGGAAAACAAAAUGGACUCCCUAAUGACCAAGCUCACUGAAGACAAUUGUCGAAGCAAUCCCUGCAGCAAUGGUGGCACUUGUGUUGACAUGUUCGACGGUUUCCUAUGCCAUUGUACACCUCAGUAUCAGGGACCAACAUGUGUACAUGAUGUAAAUGAAUGUGAAAACUAUCAGGGUACGGACCUUGGAUGUCAGAAUGGUGCAACGUGCAUGAAUACUUACGGUAGCUACUUUUGCCACUGUGCGUCUGGAUUUCAGGGGAUCCAUUGCACAAAAACGGAUUCGAAUUGCCAAACAGCAACUGCGGGAGAGUUGUGUGAUCACGGAGUGUGCGUUCCAUCUGGAGAUCCGACAGGUUACAGAUGUAUUUGUGACCAAGGAUGGACUACAAACAAUGUUACUGUGGUUUGCAGUACUGAUGUUAAUGAAUGUCACGGCCCCAUGCCACAUUGUUCGAAAGAUCCGUUAGUGCAGUGUAUUAACACUCCGGGAUCAUACACAUGCGGUCCGUGCCCUGUGGGUUACUCCGGAAAUGGCCAUUAUUGUAUGGACAUAGAUGAGUGCGAGACCAAUAAUGGGGGUUGUAGUAUCAAUCCUCAUGUUCCCUGCAUCAACACCAGGGGAUCGUACACUUGUGGAAGUUGUCCCUUGGGUUUUGUAGGCAAUGGCAGAAUUUGUACUCAGUCACCAUCAGGAAGUCUUUGUCAAAGUUCUCCCAAUGUUUGUCACCCUGAUGCAGUUUGCGAAGAUUUAGGUCAGUCUGUCAAUUGCCGAUGCAAGUUAGGAUUUGUUGGAGAUGGAUUUGGUCCACAUGGUUGUAGUCCAUCAACUGCAGGCAUUUGCAGUUUCCGACCAUGCUUGAAUGGCGGAACUUGUGUUGCUAAUGGUACAACGUACAUGUGUAUCUGUCCGUCGGGCAAGUCGGGACCUCGUUGUGAGGAUAACAUUGUGAAUCCGUGUGCUGAAAACCCAUGCUUCAAUGGUGGUACUUGCAUUAGGGCGUCUAACGAAAUGGGAUUUACAUGCAACUGCACGAGAUCUUAUAUAGGAGUCCUGUGUCAGACGGAGAGGAGAUCGUGCGGAGGAACUCUGACUGCAGAGAGAGGUGUUUUGAAGUAUCCAGAAGAUGGAAGUACAACAUAUAAUCAUAAUUCUCGCUGUGCCUGGUUGAUUCGGGUAAAUCAGACGAAAGUACUCAAUGUGACUUUUACCAAGUUCAAACUUGAAAAUUCGGUUGAGUGUCGGUAUGACUGGUUGCAAAUCCAUGAUGGAAGAUCAUCGGCAUACCACAUGAUAGGUCGAUACUGUGGAACAGGAAUACAUCCAGGUCAUACAAUAAUAUCCACACACAACUACCUCUAUUUGUGGUUCCGAAGUGAUAGUAGCAAUGCUCAUGAUGGUUUCGAACUGACCUGGGAGAGCAUUGAUCCCGUUUGUGGAGGUUUGAUAGACACGUCAACCUACGGUACUAUUACAUCUCCAGGAUCGCCCGGAAACUACCCUCCAAAUCGUGACUGUCAAUGGCUUGUGAGAGCACCGGCAGGCAAACGUCUAGUGUUCCAUUUCUUUGUAAUGAAAAUUGAAUCUCAUGAGACUUGUCAGUAUGACUACCUUGCGAUCUACAACGGACCUUCCGUUGAUUCACCCUUACUUGAAAAGUUCUGUGAUACUUCACAUCCUGCUCCAUUAACAGCCCCUAGCAAUGAAGUCACCUUGUUUUUCCACUCUGACGAAGAUUCUACAGAUGCAGGCUUCCAAAUCCACUACUCCGUUAUUGAAGGAUUUCCUGGUUGUGGAGGCGUUUUCACGUCAUACACCGGAGAGUUUGGCUCUCCAAUUGAGGACGAAAGCUAUCCUCACAAUCUUAUUUGUGAGUAUUCUAUCAAGUAUCCAAAAGGAAGUAAGAUUCGCAUAACAUUCAAGAAUUUUCAACUGGAGGACAGUGAAGCUUGUCGCUUUGACUAUGUAGAAGUCUUUGAAAAAAGUACAGAUGCAGUGGGAGAGCCAGAACUUGUCGGUAGAUACUGUGGAAGUGAAAUACCCAAACCCUACAAGUCUAAAGGGAAUGAGUUGUUGAUUGUAUUUAAGACUGAUUGGUCUCAGUCAUAUUCUGGUUUUCGGAUUGGGUACCAAAUUGACUGUGGUGGAGUUUUUGAAGAGGAAACAGGUGUUAUUACUUCGCCCAUGUAUCCUGAGCCAUAUCAUGAUUCAAGAAUCUGUGACUACACAAUUAAUGCACCGCUUAAUAAAGCUAUCGAGUUAGAGUUCCAGGACUUCGAUCUGGAGGAGAAUUCUUAUCCAGAUUGUUACUAUGACUACGUUGAGAUCUUUGACGGACCUACUCAGACCAAUUCUAGUAAGAUUGGAAGAUAUUGUUGGAAUGUAAUGCCGCCAAAAAUCGUUUCGAGUUACAAUAUUCUCCAACUGAUUAUGGAAACAGACAACUCUAUUGCCGGUCGAGGCUUUAAAGCUAAUUACUCAUUUAUCGAUAUAACUUGUGGGGGUGUUGUAAAAGAAUCAAGAACUAUAUUUAGUUCACCAGAGGCUGCAGAGAGUACAACAUCUUAUGCACACUCCACAACUUGUCGAUGGCUGAUCAAUGCACCAUCUGGACACAAUAUUCAACUCACAUGGAUUAAUUUUCAAAUUGAGACUGAUGAAACUUGUUCUUAUGAUUAUGUACAAGUUUUUGACAAUAGUACUGAUCCAGCAAAAUCUGUUGGGAAGUACUGCGGUACAAGAAUUCCUCCGGUUAUAACGAGUGUCGGUCCCCUAAUGACAGUCGUCUUCGUAUCGGAUGAUUCGAUCAAUGAAGGAGGUUUCAGUUCUAUGGUAACGUUUACGGAUAUUUCAAAAUCAUGCGGUGGAAAAUUCUAUACAAGUUUUGGAUAUAUAAGAUCACCAGCCUGGCCAGAUAAUUACCUGAAUGACAAGAAUUGUGAAUGGAUAAUUUCUGUGGAGACUGGUUCCCAAAUUGAAUUGCGUGUUAAGCAAUUUGAUUUAGAGGAGCACCAUGAGUGUGAAUUUGACUAUUUGGAAGUUAGAAAUGGUGGAACUUCUGAUUCGCCAUUGUUAGGAAAGUACUGCGGAACUAAAAUUCCAGAAGUCAUUCGAUCGUAUUCCAAUCAUAUCUACGUCAAAUUUGCAAGUGACUCAAGUAGACCAGCUCCAGGAUUUGAAAUUGAAUGGGAUGGUACGAUAACAGGUUGUGGUGGUACGUUGACAUCACCUAGGGGCUCUAUUAUCUCGCCAAACUACCCAAUGCCUUAUGAAGAGAAUGCUCAGUGUAUGUGGAAGAUAGCUGUGAGCAGUGGUUCGGUUGUCAUGAUCGUUUUUAGUGAUCUCGAUCUCGAGAAGAAUGAUGACUGUGCUUAUGAUUACCUCGAAGUUUUUGAUGGACGAGAUGCUAGUAGCACGUCCUUGGGGAAAUUCUGUUCGGCUGAUGCUCAUCCACUCCAUCUGCAAACAACUACAAACUUUGCUUUGAUCCGCAUGCGAUCGGAUUACUCAACGCAAGGUCGUGGUUUUAGUUUGCUGUACAAUACAGUAUGUCAACGCGAGGUUCCACCUUUUGGAGGUAUCAUCGAAUCACCCAAUUUCCCAAACAAUUAUCCACAUUCACUUUCUUGCGAAUGGACUAUUAGGGCUCCACUUGGUAACAAAGUCUACAUUGAAUUUUUGCACUUUGAAGUGGAAAAUAGCGAAUCAGUUGAAGGGGAGGACCAUGUUUGCAAUUAUGACUAUGUGACAAUAGAGGAGAAAGAUGGUGAUCAAACGACAAAGAAGAAGAAAUAUUGCAAUAAUGCUCCGGAUCCUUUCACGUCGUCUGGACAAGUAGUUGUGGUAUCAUUUACAACAGACAGUAGCGUCAGUCACUCGGGUUUCCGACUUGAGUAUCAUAUUGAAGGAUGUGGAGGUGUAUUCACAAAUCCUACUGGUACAAUAAGUUCACCAAACUAUCCAGCUCUCUAUCCACAUCACGUCCAUUGCUACUGGACCAUCAAAGCGCCCUAUGGAAACUCUAUUGAACUUACAAUCUCAGAUUUUCAAGUGGAAAGUGCUGAUCAGUGCAUGUACGACGGUCUGAUGAUUUCCAAUUCGCCAAAUAAUACCAACUUAAUCACCACGAUCUGUCAUGUGCAGACUAAGCCUACUACUUACACAUCAAACGGAGCUACAAUGUUUUUGUUCUUCUAUACAGACGUAAGUCUAGCAGGCAAAGGUUUCAAUUCAACCUACAAGUUCAUUCCACAAAAGUGUGGAGGUAUUAUGACGAAAGAGGGUAAUUUAUUUUCGCCCAACUAUCCCAAAAAUUACGAACGAAAUAGCAAUUGUGAAUGGUUGCUGCAGACCGAUGAAACUCAUAUACUAGAAAUCUUUAUAUUGGACUUUGAUUUGGAGUCAAGUGAUAAUUGUAUUCACGAUGUAGUCAAGAUCUAUGCAGGAAAUACUGCUGAUGAAGAAAAGUUGAUCUUCAAAUGGUGCGCUACUCAAGUUCCACAAGAUGCGCUUAUUACUUUGCCAGGUAACCAAGCUCUUGUAACUUUCCACACCGAUUCCUCUAUCGAAGCAAAGGGAUUCCACAUGAAUUUCACGUCACAAUGUGGAUCUCGUAUUGUCACCAAUAGUAGUGGUCAAUUGGAAAGAGAUCCUGGGAUGUAUGAUCGUGUGGGUAAUUGCACAUGGACUAUAAUUUCCGAAGAUCCCAGCAAAAAGGUUUCUCUUACAAUGGCUGCACUGAACUUUUUCAAGUUUGAUGUUUUAAAUCGCACUGAUUCCAUCUUUGAAGUAUUUGAUGGGGAUUCAGUAAAUGCAACGCUUAUUGGUUGGUACAAUAAUGCACCACCAACUUUGUACAGUUCUGGCAAUUCUAUAACGCUUAGGAUGAACUCUGAAGCUGAUCAUGAUGUCAUUGUAUCGUAUUUCAUGCUCCAGUAUUCGAUCUAUGAGAACACUUGUGGAGGUUCUCUGAAAUCUGAAAAGGGUCAGUUUGCUUCACCUAACUAUCCAAACCCAUAUCCUGCAAAUGUUGAAUGUGUAUGGACACUUGAAGCGUCACCAGGUAAUCAAAUUCAAGUUGAAUUUUCAGAGUUUGCUCUGGCAGACUCUGAGACAUGUAGUGAGGAAUACCUUGAAAUUCGUAAGACAAAUGGUGGUGGAAAACUCUUAGGAGUUUUCUGUGGCUCUAAUCAGCCAACAAAUCUUACUGCUUCUGAAGUAGUGUGGAUUAAAUUCCGGAGUGGUCGUGAUAUUAUCAAUGAAGUGAGGAAAUUCUAUGCAUCCUUUUCGUAUAUCAACUCUGUGGAGAUUACGAAUAGAGAUGGAGGAUUUGUAACCUCACCGAUGUAUCCGCUACUGUUCCAUUCAUCUGCUGAAUAUGAAUGGAGGAUUACGGUAGACUUUGGCUAUGCUAUAAGUGUAUCCGUAAAAGAGAUAAGCAUUCUUAGUGAUUGUUAUCUCUUUGUCCAGAUUUAUGAUGGCUUCAAUGAUGAAGCACCAACUCUUGGUGAGAAAAUUUGUGGUGUUGUUCCACCAGAAUCUGUUAUUAGCACUUCAAAUGUUAUUUACAUUGUGGCUAAUCUUUACUACCCUACCAUCAUGGGGGUGAAGUUUAAUAUUGAGUGGAAGAAAGUGCCGAGGGAGUCAAAAGAGUCUCCUGAUGAGGCUGCAAAAGUUUGUGGAAUGUCAAAUAUAGUUCUUACUAAAAAUUCAACAAACACCAAUAUCACAUCACCGGGUUAUCCAACUGGGUACGAUUCAAAUUUGAAUUGUACUUGGAUAAUCUCGUCGGAUGAUAAGGCCUAUCAUCCGGUGUUUGUGAUCAGUUAUCUGGAUCUUGAAGAUACAGAUGGUUGUCUAUCUGAUCGGUUGAUCGUCUCUCAAAGUAAAGAUUUGAUAGUUUGGAAGCAACUUGCGCAGAUCUGUAGUAUUGAUUACAGAGCACAUCAGAGUUACAGUGGUAAUCCCUUCCUCAAAAUCGAGUUUCAAACUGAUUGGGGUUUGAAUCGAACGGGAUUUCGAGGAAAUCUCAUAGAAGAUUGUGGUGGUUACAUGACAGAUCCGAUGGGGAAAAUUGCUGCUGGACUGCAAGCCUCUCCAGAUCGUUAUUCCAGGUUCACAACAUCAUGUGUCUGGGAGAUCCAUGUGAGGCAAGGCAGAACAAUUAAAUUUGAAUUCCAGCAAUUCAAUUUUCCCAGAAAUCGAGAUCAAAGCACUUGUGAGGGAUAUAUUAUGUUCAAGAAUGGUGGUAAUGAAGAUUCACCACUUUUGGGUGAAGGAAAAUACUGUGGUGAUGGUAAUAAACCAGAUAUCCCUGCUACAAUUAGCAACAGAGCUUAUGUGAAAUUUGACUUUGGCGGAAACUUUAGAAGUAGCUUCUCUAUGACUUAUCAGGAAGUGAGUCUAAGUUGUGGAGGAACGAUACAUCUCACAGAAUACAUAAAUAGCACAGUGAUUACAUCACCGAAUUAUCCAAAUAUUCCUCAUCCUCAUACAGAAUGUGUUUGGUUGUUCUUUGCUCCAAAUGGUGAAUCAAUGAAAAUUGAUUUCCUGGAAAGAUUUGAUCUGACUAAAAGUGCAGGCUGUGACAAAGAGUACGUUGAAAUCAGAGAUGGUGGCACGAGAAAUAGUGAAACGAUUGGAAAAUAUUGUGAUUUAAUGCCACCAACCCUUGAGUCGCAGACAAAUAUUUUGAGGAUUAAGUACUUCACAGAUGUUUCGGAUCCUAAAAACGGGUUUAAAGCUAAAAUAUCAAUUGCCACAUGCAACGGUACGCUGAGACAGAAUCAGGGAGUACUGAACUCUCCGAAGUAUCCUGGAAAAGGUGCCUAUCCGGCCAAUAGUAUAUGUAGUUAUCGGAUUAUCGGAUCCUCGCAAACUUAUCUCAAUAUAACAUUCGUGGAUGUAGAUCUUCCUCCAAGUAGCGACAAUGGAACGUGCUUGAGUGAUCGAGUUACUAUUUAUGCUGUAAUUCCUGGAGAUGGCAAUGAUGAAGAGAAGCAGAGCCGAGGAACAUUCUGCGGAUCUACAAUUCCGAACUCCUUCUUCAUUGAUAGUCAUGAGGCUAUAGUAGAACUUACAACAGCUGAGCACCAAGACCUGUACCGAGGCUUUAGUCUACGGUUUAACGUGGGAAAGGAGACAUGUGGCUCUGAAAUAAAUGCAGAAUCUGGAAUAAUAACUAGUCCUGGAUAUCCAACUGGAAGGCAAAAUCGACGUUUCUGUGAAUGGUCAAUCACUGUGCCUAAGGGGAGAAGAGUUAAGGUUGAACUGUUGGAUCUUGAUCUCGUUCCAGCUAGUCAUACAUACAGCCAACGUCUUGGAUUCUAUCACGAUCAUCGAUAUCUCAGUCGGAUUAAGUUUAUAAAAGGAGAAGAUCCUCUCCAAACCAUCUACUCGAGUGGUAACAAAAUGCUGGUCAACAUGUGGGUUAGGGUCCCUAGCAAUCAUCGUGGAUUUAAACUCAGAUUUUCUUCUGACGAACCUACAGUCUGUCAAGGAAAUAUCAAUCUUUCAGAGGGAGAUAUUGAAUCACCCAAAAAUCUCACCACGUAUUAUUGCGAAUACAUUAGAGAUGCAGGUUUCUUCUUCCCCGAUGAUCCUAAUAUGGGAACGUUAGCGUUACGUGUUCAAGAUGCUCAUAUUGGUCGAUCAGUAUCCUGUCGCUUGGCUUCUACAAAGCUCACUGUUUCCUGGCUCAGUGGAACAGAUCUCGAUUCACCCUUUUUGCAGUAUCUCUGUGGAAAUAUAUCAGAUACAACAGUGAGAUCACCAUUUCCAGAUACCAAAGUCGAAGCUAGGCAGGGUCUCUACUACGGUCCAAUAGACUUCAAACUCCACCAUAAAGUUCACAAAUGUGGAGGAAUUAUUUCUACAGCUUCAACAAUUACUCAGCCUAGUUUCUGGGCAAACUACGGUCGGGUAGACUGUGCAUGGCAUAUUCGGCAAGAUGAUGGAUUUGCAAUUCAGUUGCAGAUAGUCCAGGUUAACCUCACGCGUCCAUGUGACGAGGAAUACAUUAACAUCUACAAUGGUCCAACACAACUCAGUCCACAUUUGAUGAAGAUUUGUGGUUCUAGUUCAGAAACGCAACCAGUCAUGUCAGAGAAUAACUUCAUUUUUGUCGAAUACCAUUCAAAUGAGUAUCAAGCCAUGUCUACGUUCAAGUUUAACAUUGUACCUGCUGUUGCAGGAUGUGGAGGAAUCAUUCACAAAUGGACUCAGACAAUAAAGAGUCCUGGAAAUUCAUCAUAUUACCCUAAUAAUAUUGAAUGUAUUUGGGAGUUCAGACCAGACCCUGGCUUCCAUGUUGGACUUCAAUUUGUCGAUCGGUUCUACAUUGAAGAUUCAGUGAAUUGUACUAAGGACUAUAUUGAGAUCUUUGAUCUGCGUAGUAGUGGAAAUUGGCACAGUUUGGGACGGGUUUGUGGUCGAGAAACUCCUCCAAUCUUCAAUGCUACUGAGUCGAGUUUGAAAUUGGUCUUUAGAACCAAUGAAGCAAUUUCUGGCGAUGGAUUCUCAGUUAAAUGGUUUCAGAAUUGUGGUGGAUUGUUUGAAGUUACGGAGACAAUACCCGAUGUGAUUUUCAGUCCUAACUACCCAUCAAACUAUGCAAGGCUACUGAACUGCAAUUACACCUUUGUAGCUCCACCGGAGAAGUACGUUAACAUAGACUUUGAAGACUUUGAACUGGAAGAUUCAGUUGGAAGAUGUAUUUUUGACAAUGUAACAAUUUACAAAGUCAGCGAGUGGAAUGUUAAUGAACCCUUUAUCGAAGCCGGAGUAUAUUGUCGCAGAGAUUCUCCAGGAAAAUUGAGGUACAAAAAUAAGGUCGCAGUGGUAUUUCGAACUGAUAGAUGGGUAGAAAGGAAAGGUUUCCGUUUCUAUUACUCUCUGGACAGCUGUGGUGGUAGAAUCAGGAGGUCUACUUUAAUAACGUCACCAAAUUUUGAGAAUAUGCAAUAUCCCAAUGAUGCGAAUUGUAUUUGGAAUAUCACAGCUCCAGUAUCUAAAACAAUUGUUGUGAAAUUCCAAAAGUUUAGUAUUGAAAGUGUGGAUACCUGCUACGGAGACUUCGUGAGCGUUUAUAAGGGUCAGGAAAGGAAGGAUUCGGAGAGACUGGCCAAACUCUGUGGUAACAUUACGGAACCGCCGACAAUCAAGACAGAUUCAUCUUCAGCAAUUGUGCAAUUCAAAUCGGAUAUGUACAACAAUGAUGGAGGAUUUUCAGCUGAAAUUCUUUUCAUGCCUUCAUGUGAUCGCCGUAUAACACUUACUGCAACUUCUCCAACCUAUCACCUCGAUAUUCAAGAGUCUAACUAUGAAGAUUUACAACACUGUCAGUACUACAUCAAGGCUCCGAGCGACUACUCCAUUCGUCUUCAGUUUACCCAAUUCCACGUUGCUCCCUGUGACAAUAAUUCCACUAUCCCCGAUUGUUCUUGCGAUUAUGUUGAGAUACGUGAUGGAACUGGACCAUUCUCUGAGCACGUGGGACGAUACUGUGGCCACGAUUUGCCUCAGGAAAUCAUAACUUCCAGAUCGGCAAUCUUUAUUGAGUUCGUGACGGAUUCUAGAGUUAAGAGCAGAGGAUUCAGUGCAGAAUUAACUGCUGUAAUGAAUCCAUGUGGAGAGAGGUCCAUCAAUGUCUCAGAAGUUACUAAAUACAUCACAUCGCCUGGAAAGACUACUUAUCUACCAAAUGUCAAAUGCACUUGGAUAAUUGAGACAACCAUGUUUAAUCAGAUACAAUUGAUUUUUGAGCAAUUUGAACUUCAAGGACCUGAUCUUGCAGGGAAAUGUUCCUAUGACCAUCUCGAUAUUGCCGAUGAAACCAUUGUGGGAAGCAAAGAUGUAAGCUUUGGGGAAGAUUUAGUGUACAAUGGUCUUAGUGGGGGAAAAGUGGGCUUCUAUAUGGGUACAAGGCAUCCCAUUGCUCAUCAUCACUACUGUGGUAAUGGAACUCCUGUUGAUUAUAUGUCACGAACCAACAAAGUUCAUCUGAAUUUCAGGACUGAUUCUGAGAUUGAAAAAUCUGGUUUUAGGAUUGCUGCAAAAACUCUGAAAGGAUGCCACAGGAACUACACAGAAACGCAAGGAAGAAUCUACAUGUCUGAGAGCAGAGAUUGUGAUCAUUUUAUUAUUGCCCCAGAAAAUUAUACGAUUGCAAUUUAUUUCAUCAGCUUCUCGUUUUACAAUGCAGAUUGCGACAGUAAUGGAAUUAAGGUCUACGAGGGAGAUGAGGAGCGUCUUCUUGGAUCUUACUGUGGAUAUACUAAUCCUGAUGCCGUAUUCUCAACUACUAAUAAGGUUCAUAUAUCUGUCAGGGGUAAUUUAAAGGAUUCCGGAUAUUCUUUGGGUGGAACCUUUGACCUUAACUUCCUGGCCACGUUUCAGGGGAGAGGAUGUGGUGGAACUCUGUUCAAUUAUGGUGGAAUAUUUACAAGUCCUUUGUAUCCACUGAAUGACAGAAAUAGUUCCCAGUGUACUUGGGAUGUCAAUGUACCCAAUAAUUUGAUCGUGGCACUGAGAUUCCAAAUUUUCGAUAUUGGAACAAAAUUGACCUGUCAGACAAACUAUGUACAGUUCCUGGAAGUGAAUUCAGAUGGAAGUACUAGGGUUGGUUCUGUGUUCUGUGGAGAUGAUGUUCCGGCAGUUUACAAGGCUGAAACUAAUCGACUUAUUGUGCGUUUCGUCAAAGAUGCCAAUUUUGCGGGAACUGGAUGGAUUUUGCAGUUUAUGGGAGUCUAUAAGGAUUCAGAGGUCUACAACUGGUAAGGACGUUAUUUUAAUGAAUUUUAUUCCCAAAGAGAAGAACAUUUAAUAAAGCAAUCAAAAAAAAAAGAAAA